AUGUAUGUCGCAACUGCUGAAAUAGAUCCCCACGAAAAUCACCCUUGGAAGCUAAGCUUUGAUGGAGCUUCAAAUGCUAAAGGCAAUGGAAUUGGGGCAGUCCUCGUGUCCCCUAGUGGAGAUCAUUAUCCUUUCACUAGCAAAUUGGAUUUUGAUUGCACCAAUAACGUGGCUGAGUAUGAAGCUUGCAUUAUGGGCAUCCGGGCAGCCAUAGAGUGGGAAAUUAAGGUGCUAGAGGUAUACGGAGACUCUGCAUUGGUAAUAUACCAGCUUAAAGGAGAAUGGAAAACAAGAGACCCGAAGUUAGUCCGCUAUCGAAAAUUGGUUUUGGAGUUGAUUGAGGAAUUUGACAGUGUCACCUUUUGUUACUUCCCACGAGACGAAAACCAGAUGGCCGAUGCUUUGGCCACUCUAGCCUCUAUGACCAAAGUGAAUAAACCAGAAGACAUGAAACCUAUUCAAAUCAGCAUUCAUGAGGCUCCAGCUCAUUGUUGCAAUAUUGACGAUAAAGAGGAAAAGGAUGAUCACCCUUGGUUUCAUGACAUAUUGCGAUAUGUAAAAAGUCGUGAGUACCAUGACCAUGCGACAGAAAAUGAUAAGAGGACAUUAAGGAGAUUAGCCAUUGAUUAUGUCCUAGAUGGGGAGAUUUUGUACAAAACGGGGAAAGAUCAAAUAUUGUUGAGAUGUGUGGAUGCUAUUGAGGCCAAGAAAAUUUUGAAAGAAGUGCAUGAAGGUUUCUGUGGAACGCAUGCCAACGGCUUCACGAUGGCCAGACAAAUUAUGAGAUUUGGAGAACAGAUCAAUGAAGUUGCCUUCCCUGGCAGUGUAGUGGAGCAGAUUAAAGCUACGACGGCAAUCUUGCUUCCCUGA